AUGUUUUCUCUUAAAAACUAUCUUGUUAAUUUAAAUCUUUUUUCAUCAUUGGAUCAGCAUAAUAAUGAGCAAAGAGAUGAUCAUCAACAACACCGAUGGAAUACUAUUUGGACACGACUUUAUCUUAUUCUCCUUAUAAUAACACUCUUUAGUAUUGGUCUUGUGUUAUUCUUGAUAAAUGAAACAAUAUUGAUUGUCAAUUCGAAUCCAACAAAAGAACAAUUUCAUACACUUCCUCCAAAUGCCAAAUGCUCUUGUUCGCAAAUCUCGAUAUCAUAUGGAAAGUUUACUACACUCGAAGCAAAUUUUCAUCAAAUUUGUUCAAGUGAUUUCGUUACUGAUCGAUGGAUCCAGACGAUUAGUUUUGGUGCGAAUUCGACUUAUUUCUUCUCGCAAGACUUUCGCACUUUCGGCAGUGCACAAUUUCAAGCAUUAGCUGCUUUUUGUCGUUUGUCGAAACUGAAUAUUGAACAAAGUAUUUCAUUCUUUUAUUCAAGUAUGUUUUUCACUCCUGAAGUAGUAUCUAAAAAUAUUCUUCAAUCACAAACUCAAUUAUCUAUCAAUGAAAUUCGUUCACGAGCACCAAAUAGUUUCAACUCUCAACUAGCAAUAAUCAACCGCAUGAUAAAUGCUAAUAAAAUAUUUUCUGCUUUGCCGAUGAGUAGAUUUUAUUACUACGAAAUUGAUCAAAAUACGGCACAAAUUUUGGUGAUAUCUAUUCGCUAUGUUCAAAAAGAUGGUUUGUCAUGUGCUUGUGAUGUCGCUGUUUGUCAAAUGAUUCCAUCCGGUAUUUACGAUGCUUUCGACAAGUCAAGACCGACUUAUGCUAACAGUGUACAAUGGUCAUUCCCAGGAAUGUCAGCAGGUUGUUAUCCAGUAGAUUCAAUUCUUGUUUCGACACUUGAAUGUUUUUACGAUCAGAAUUGUGUGAACAAACUUAUUUCUUUCUAUUCUACUAACGAAACAUUUAAAGCAAUGGAUAUAUUUGAUCAAACAAUAUAUAAUAUAAACUCUACUGUACAAGAAAUGAUUGAUAAUUUAAUUAUAGAAAAUUGGACUGUAGAUAUUUCUUAUGAAAAAUAUUUUUCGGAAUGUUCACCGUCUUUCUGCACCUAUUUCAAAAUAUUUCGACGAAGUUUUGUAUCUAUAAUGACAAAAUUAAUUAGUUUAUUGGCAAGUUUAACUUUAGGUCUUCGCUUAAUAAUUUUGUUUGGUAUUCAACUUCAUCGAUAUCUUCGACGUUCAGUACAAAGACCAAAAUCUUCUUUACGUAUUCGUUUCUAUCGUUUGAAGGAAUCCAUUCAAAGGAAACUGAUUGAAUUCAAUAUGUUCAAACACAAUCCAAGUAGUGAUCGACAAGUUCGAUACCAGCGUUAUGCAUCACGAAUCUAUACAAUUUUAAUUCUCAUUUUUAUGGUUAUUUUUAUUAUCUAUAAUACUACAAAAACAUCAAUUCAAUUGAAAACUAUUGUUAAUCCAACUCAAUCUGAAUAUGUUGAACUUGAACAACGACAUUCCCAAACAUUUUCAUGUUCAUGUUCCUCAAUAUCUAUGCCUUAUUCGACCAUUAUUACAAUUCAACCAGAAUAUCAUCAAAUAUGUUCUAGUUUUUGGAUCUCUACGGAAUGGAUUAAUUAUAUACUACAAAGUAAACCCAGUACAGUGAGCAUAUACAACUACGAUUAUCGAAUGCAUGUUCCCCGUCAGUUAAGCGCACUGGCAAUGUUCUGUCAACAAGCUAAACAAACGAUUAAUGAAGCAAGUAAAAUAUUUCUUCAAACAGAAUUUGUUAACUCACAGGUUAUUUCUCCACGAAUAUUUUCAAGUCAAAUCAAUUCAUUGAUGGAAGAUUGGAAAUAUAUAACUACUAACACAUUUUUGAGAACUAUUCAAUUAGUUCGUACUACUACAUACGGAAAUCACUUAUCCAAUCAGUUCAAUUCAAUUUUAACUGUAGUUGGCAGUUCAGCAGUAUCAUCAAGAAAAUCAAUCACGUAUGACGAAUGCAAUUGUGCUUUGUCUCCAUCAUGUCAUAUGAAUAGUACUUUGUAUAACUUCGAUGCAUCUACAAAUACAAAGACCGAAUGCUAUACAGUUCCAAAUUUUUUUUUUGGUUGUUAUCCAAUUGAAGCCUUAUUUUUAUCAACAUUAGAAUGUUUCUAUAAUAUGACAUGCAUAUUAAAAACUGAUGAUUGUUUAUCAUCUACAAUUUUAAAUAGAACUUAUUUCGUGUAUGUUCCUCUUCAAACAACUUUAAAGAUGCCAAAUGAAACAAUUGAAAUGAUUAUCAAUCGACUAAUGGUUGAUAAAUGGACAUUCAACGUUUCCUUUUCUUCUUAUUAUGAUAAUUGUGCCCCAUCUUCAUGUUCAUAUCAAUAUGAAGAUCACAAUAAUCGUUAUGUUAUUAUCACAACUAUUAUAUUCAUCUAUGGUAGUUUAUCUCUUGCAUUUAAACUGAUCAUCCUAACUGGACUUCACUUCACUGAUAUGAUAAUUGAAACUGGUAUUUCUGGUCUUAGUUUAUCACGAUCUCUUAAGCGUAUAUUUACUUGCCAUACUGAACAACAAAUAAUUCACCGAUUACAUUUCAUCUUAGUAGUUACAACUCUUUCAAUUCUUUAUAUGUAUUCAGCUUUUAAUUCUCAGAUAACAACUAUCAAAUUUCAAAAACCUUCGUUGUCAACGUAUGAUGGAUUAAUGAGAAAAUAUCAUGAUACAAUCGAAUGUCCUUGUUCACAAAUAUCUAUUAAGUAUAAAAUCGUUCUCAACAAUACACCUCGUUUUCAUGAGAUUUGUUCAAGUGACUUUGUUUCAGAAGAUAUUAGUUCUUAUUUCUUUUAUACUAAUUUAUCCUCUUUUCGUAUUUUGCCAGAUGAUUUUAUCUAUUCCGCUACUGGACAAUUUCAAAUUCUUGCUUCACUCUGUCGUUUAUCAAAAGAAACAGUUGAGAAUUUUCUUAUUCAACUCGCCUCGACUGAUUUUAUUAGCACACGACUUUUAUCAUCGACUGCAUUAGAUGAAAAUAUUCAAAAAGCAAUUGAUGAUUUUCGAACAACAGCAUCGAAAAUAUUUGUUAAUACUCUUUCAUUAAUUCGAGAAAUAAUAGGAGCAAAUAUGAUACUGAAUUUUUUUUCAAGUAAUUGGGUUCCACAUGGUCCAUCUAAAAUGCUCAAUGGGUGGGCUAUGCAUCACACACCUCGGAAUUACAACGGAUGUAGUUGUGCACUAUCGUCAAAAUGUGUAUCUUCAUCUCGAGGAAUGUUAGCAGGUUGUUAUCCCCUGGAAUCUAUUCUACAAUCAACAAUGGCAUGUUUUUAUAAUAAAACAUGUAUUAAUCAGCUGAGCUAUAUUGGUAGAUUGAAUGUUUCCGCAUUGAUUUCAAGUCAUUUUCCAUUAAAUACAACAGUUGAAUCAAUUGUAAAUGAAUUAAUGAUUGAAGAAUUAAUAAGUAAUAUUUCUUAUGAUUCUUAUUUCAACGAAUGCGCACCAUCGUCAUGUACAUAUUCAUAUGUUGAUAAUAACCAUGUUAUUGAAGGAAUAACACGAUUAAUUGGUCUUUAUGGUGGAUUGAUUAUCAUUUGUCGAUUAUUUGCAGUUAUUAUUGUUAAACAUAUUUUAUUCGUAACACAAAGAAUUAUACCAACAACUGACUAA